GCCCCAUGGCCUCCUGCUCCAGCAUCGACAUCGAGGACGCCACCCAGCACCUGCGGGACAUCCUCAAGCUGGACCGGCCGGGAGGUUCGGUGAAUGAGAACCAGAGACCGUCGAAUUCCUAUAACGGGGACCUGAAUGGGCUGCUGGUGCCUGAUCCCCUUGGGAGUGGAGAUGGACCUGCUUUGGCCAAGCCAGUGCAUCGCAGCAUCUCUCUAGGAGCCCUCCAGGAAAAACAAGUCAUCUGCCUUUCUGGUGACGACAGUUCCACAUGCUUAGUUAUAUCAGCAAAAGAUGUGGAGAUAGUGGCCAGCAGUGAUUCCAGCAUCACCAGUAAGGCCAGAGGAAGUAACAAGGUGAAAAUACAGCCCGUUGCUAGAUAUGACUGGGAGCAGAAAUACUAUUAUGGCAAUCUGAUAGCUGUUUCAAAUUCUUACCUGGCUUAUGCCAUUAGAGCUGCCAGCAAUGGUUCUGCUAUGGUGCGGGUGUUGAGUGUCAGCACUGCUGAGCGGACGUUGCUGAAGGGAUUCACAGGAGGAGUGGCAGACCUGGCCUUUGCUCACCUCAACUCCAACCAGCUGGCCUGCCUGGACGAGGCUGGCAACCUUUUUGUCUGGCGCCUGGCCAUGGAUAAAGAAAAAAUCCAAGAGGAGAUCUUGGUUAACAUCAAGCGACCUGACAAUACCCCACUGAACACCUUCCGAAGAAUCAUCUGGUGCCCUUUCAUCCCGGACGAUAACGAGGAGAGCGGGGAAGAGGGGAGUCAGACAUUGGCAUUGCUGCAUGAGGACAGGGCAGAGGUGUGGGAUUUGGACAUCAUCCGAACCAACAACAGCUCCUGGCCAGUGGAAGUGCCUGAUAUCAAAGAAGGUUUCAUUGUGGUGAAAGGCCACAGCACGUGCCUGAGCGAGGGAGCACUUUCUCCAGAUGGAACUGUGUUGGCCACAGCAAGCCAUGAUGGUUUUGUAAAAUUCUGGCAGAUCUAUAUUGAGGGACAGGAUGAGCCAAGGUGUCUUCAUGAGUGGAAACCCCAUGAUGGUAGACCUCUUUCCUGCCUGCUCUUUUGUGACAACCAUAAAAAGCAAGACCCAGAAGUUCCCUUCUGGAGGUUUCUCAUCACAGGAGCCGAUCAGAACAGAGAACUGAAGAUGUGGUGCACGGUGUCUUGGACCUGUUUGCAGACUGUUCGCUUUUCUUCUGACAUCUUUGGUUCCAUGAGUAUUCUUCCCAGCCUGAAAGUCUGCCUGGACCUCUCGGCUGAAUAUCUGAUACUGAGUGACGUGCAGAGAAAAGUCUUGUAUGUGAUGGAGUUGAUGCAGAACCAAGAGGAGGGCAAAGCUUACUUCAGCUCCAUCUCGGAAUUCCUCCUUACCCACCCAGUGCUGAGCUUUGGCAUCCAGGCCGUGAGCCGCUGCCGGCUACGGCACACCGAGGUGCUCCCAGCAGAAGAGGAAAAUGACAGCUUGAGUGUAGAAGGUGCUCAGGGCUCUGGGGCUGUUGAAUCAGCAGCAGGUGUGCUGAUAAAACUCUUCUGUGUUCACACCAAGGCCCUACAGGAUGUGCAGAUUAGAUUCCAGCCUCUUCAUAGCCCUGACACAAGUGCUUCCAUGCCUUCCCAUGGCUCUCAUGAGGAGUUUGCCUUUCCAGACCAUAUGGCUGAUAUGAGCACAGAGGGGCUGGGAUCUGAAAAGGAGUCUGUGCACGGCUCCCAGCCAGACCUGCGGCGUAUCGCUGAUCUGCCUGUGCCAGCAGACUUCCUUUCUCUCUCCAAUGAUGCCAAACCCAAGCUGAUGACUCCAGAUGCAUUCAUGACACCAAGUACUUCUCUUCAACAGAUCGCUGUCUCUCCAGGCAGCAGUGUCAGUUCCCUGACUGCAGUCACAGCCAUGAGCAGUACUUCUGUCACGGAUGCCUCUUUGCCCAGAGCAUCAGAAGACUUGACUGUCAGCCCCAAGAUGCAGCUGGACACCAGCCUCACGCUGAGCAGCAGCAGCAGCAGCCUCCAGACCAGUCCUAGGAGUCACUCUGUUCUUAUCCCAGGCCUCCCUGACAAGCUGACACCAAAGGCACCUGUUCCAGUUGCACCAGGAAACUCCUCUCUAGCACUGGAACUGCAGGAAGUGGAGCCCUUGGUGGUGCCCCAGGCUUCUCCCACCCGUGAGCGCUCCCCAGAUGUCAUUUCCUCUGCUUCCACAGCCAUGUCCCAGGAUAUCCCAGAGAUUGCUUCUGAGACCUUGCAGCGCAGCUUUGCAGUGGCUCCAGCUGGGCUCCCUGGGGAGGUGCUGGAGCCUGGGCACCAUGCAGACAGUAUGGCCUCAGCUGCCUCAGCCCUGCACUUGCUGUCUCCCAGGAACCGCCACAACUCUGAGCACAGCCACCACUCUUUGGACAUGCCUCCAGUGGAGGUGGACAGACUGAAUGCUCCAUCAUUACUGGAGACUGCUUUAACUCAGGAAAAUGCAUCUUCUGACAGUGUUGUGAGUCAGCCAUGGCCAGCGGCUCCUGACAUAACCCGGGAAACCAGGAACAGCAUGGCAGACAGCCCAAGGGAUGAGGUUGAAGAAAAGCACAAGAGCUCUUCCUACCAUCGACACAGCUACCACCUUCUGCAGCAUGACAGCCAGGAUGCCAGUGCAGAACAAAGUGAUCACGAUGAUGAAGUUGCAAGCUUGGCUUCUACGUCAGGUGGAUUUGGUGCCAAAGCAUCUGCGCAGAGGCUGCCUGUGAAGGACUGGAAAGUCAAGGCAUCCCCCCGGGCUUCCCCAAAGCUAAAGCGGAAGGGCAAGAAAGAUGAUGGGGAUAUGAACCAGUCACCAAGAUCAUUGAACAACCAGGUGACACCAGAGUUCCAGGAUGAGCUGAUGUGCAUCCUGAGGAGCCAGCAGCGGGAACUCUCCGAGCUGCGGCAGAACCAGAUGGAGCUGCUGCAGAGACUCACGGAUCACCUCGAUGCCAUCCAGAGCUCCCUCAUGGGCCACAUGGAGAGAGUGAUCGACUCCCAGCAGGAGCAGGAGCAGAGAAGGCUGGACCGGGUGCUGAUGGAAGGGCAGCAGCGCAGUGGGCAGCUCCAGGAGCACCUUUCCCAGCAGCUCUCCCAGUCCCUGUCCACAGCUGUGUGUAACCGUCUGGAGAGGACCGUUCGGGAGGAGAUGAAGAAAACAGUGCCCCAGUGCAUUUCCAAGAGCAUGGACCCUACUGUCAGCCAGCUCAGUAAUACUAUUGCUGCCAAGCUCACUGCUGUUGAGGGGACACUGAAAGAGAAUAUUACCAAGCUAGUGAAAUCAAAGAACCUUACAGACAGUGUUGUGAGGGCCACAGCUGACACUCUGCAGGGACCCAUCCAGUCAGCCUACAGGGAGGCCUUCCAGAGCGUCGUGCUGCCAGCCUUUGAGAAGAGCUGCCAGUCCAUGUUCCAGCAAAUCAAUGAUACCUUCAAGCAGGGCACACAGGAAUAUAUCCAGCAGCUGGAGGCUCACUUGAAGAACAAGAAGGUACGAGAGCAGGAGGUGCGGGACCCGCUGCUGAACCAGCUUCGGCAGCUCAUCAGCACCUUCCAGAGCACCACGGAGCAGCUGGCAUCCACCAUUGCAGCCAGUGUCCAUGCUGAGGUGCAGCACCAGCUGCACAUCAUCGUGGGCAACAUGCAGGAGUCUAUUUUGGCCCAGGUGCAGAGAGUCAUUAAAGGAGAAGUGAGCCUGGCUAUGAAGGAGCAGCAAGCAGCUGUCACCUCGAGCAUUGUCCAGGCAAUGCGCUCAGCAGCUGGGACACCCAUCCCCUCUACUCACAUGGAUUUCCAGUCCCAACAGACUCACAUCCUUCAACUGCUCCAGCAGGGACACCUCAACCAAGCUUUCCAGCAGGCUCUAACAGCAGCUGAUCUCAACCUGGUUCUAUAUGUCUGUGAAACUGUGGAUACUCAGCAAGUAUUUGGACAGCAUCCAUGCCCACUGUCUCAGCCUGUGCUGCUCUCCCUCAUUCAGCAGCUCUCCUCAGAUCUGGGCACUCGUACAGAACUGAAGUUGACCUACUUGGAGGAUGCAGUGAUGCACCUGGACCAAAGUGACCCCAUCACCCGAGACCACAUGGGGUCAGUCAUGAACCAGGUGCGGCAAAAGCUCUUCCAGUUCCUCCAGGUGGAACCCCACAACCCUCUGAGCAAACCCGCGCGUCGCCUCAUGAUCAUGCUCCAGGGCUUGGUCACCCCUGGCAUGACCUAGGAGGACCUGGCUGCCUGGUGGGCUGCUCCACCAAAGCCCACCCAGCAGAUCCACAGUUACUAACAACGUCUGGCUGGUGUUAAGAGCUCUUGCAAGAAAAUCUAUCAACACGUGUGUGAUGUCUCUAAGGCGAACGCCAUCUGUGUAUAGUUCCAAAUAGUCACUGAACAUUCACUUGGCUUAUUUUUCCUAAAUAGCCUCUUUUUUGAGAAUUAAAUCUCUUCUUCACCUGCCCAUCCGUCCCCAAGGCUGGCUGGCAGCCCAUGCAGCAGAAGCCAAUGGAUUUCUUACCCCCUUAAAAGUUUGGAUCUGCUGUCUUCAGCAGGGGAGCCUGAGCACAGGGGCUGCCAGUGCUCCCUGUUGACCAGAAACCUGUACCCACACCUUAGUGAAGGGCUCCAACUCCUCCUCCCUGGCAGGCUGUAGGCACAGGGGCGAGGCCAGCUGAGUGAGAGGGGUUAGUUAAAAUUCAUUCAUUAGCUAGUUACUCUGAGGUUCGUUAAUUCCAGAUCCACAGUGGAGUGCCCAGCCCACCUGAUCCAGCGAGGCAGGUUUGGGCAGGGGAGUGAUACCUCUUGAGUGCCCCAGGGAGGGGCUCUGGGUCAGGAUGCUGAGGCAGCAGCAAACUGCAAGAGCCCAGGGGUCCACCGGUUCUGUUGUGCUUCAGAGCAUGUCCAUGUUUCAGACAUUAGUUUUGAUUUUACACCGAGGUUUUUCUUUUUAUCUAAAUUUUGAAGUUUUGGGGGGUUUUGUUGUUCGUUUUUUUGUUUUUUUGAAAUAACAUUAAGAACAAUUCAAUAAAAAACUUUUGGAAAAAAAAAAAGUUGAGACCUUCUUCUGUUGUGUGAUGGAAGGGGAAGAUUGAGGGAUCUUUGAGGAUAUCAAACCAUCUCCA